AUGAAUAUAUUAGCUUGGAAUUGUAGAGGGGUUUCCUCCAAAGGAUUUCCCAUUAUGAUUAGAGACUUAACUUAUCGUUAUAAUUUAAAAUUAUGCAUCCUUCUUGAAACCCAUGUCUCAGGAACCAAAGUUGAGGGGAUCAUUCGCAAAUUAGGCUUUGACUCUUGGUGCAUUAGUGAUGCAGAGGGCUUCUCGGGAGGGAUUUGGUGUCUUUGGAAUGGAAAAGAUUGGCAGGUGGAGCCUGUUAAUGUCCAAAGACAGUUAAUUCACCUAAAGAUUAAAGAUAAUGAUAACCGGUCUUGGUAUUUCACGUGUAUCUAUGGCAGCCCCCAACCGGGAACGCGAAGUACCUUGUGGAGGGAGCUAGAAAGUAUAGCAGCAACUAAUCAAGGGCCUUGGUGUCUUGGUGGAGACUUUAAUUCUAUCAUUUCUCUUGAGGAAACUGGGGGCAAUCGUAACUUAUCUCAAGACUCAAACAGAUUUCAAGAAUGCAUGCUUAACUGCGGUCUAAAUGAUCUAGGCUUUUCUGGUCCGCCGUUCACUUGGCAAAGAAAUCAAAUUAAACCCAGGCUUGAUAGAUUUUUAUGUAAUUUGGAGUUCAAUGUUUUAUUUCCAUCCGUUGGAGUGAAACAUCUACCUAAAUUGAAGUCUGACCAUCUACCUAUUCUCCUAGAUUUUGACACCUUUGCGGUAAACGGGAGAGAGAGACCUUUCAAACUGCUCGCGUCCUGGCUACUCCAUGAGGGCUACAAUAAUUUGGUGAGAAGUAACUGGUACAAACAAGGUGAUCUCAUCAACAACAUUCACCAUUUCACGGAGAAAGCCAAAGAAUGGAACAAAGAGGUAUUUGGGCAGAUCUUUAGAAAAAAGAAAAGAAUUCUUCUCAGGCUUGAAGGCAUCAACCAAAACCUUUCUUUUAAUAACAAUCCUUUUUUGGAAAAACUACAAAGGGACCUUUGGAGGGAAUAUGAAAUGAUUGUGGUACAAGAGGAAAGCUAUUGGAUGCAAAUGGCUAAAUGUAAAAUCAUCAAUUUAGGGGACAAAAACUCUAAAUACUUCCACCAGAAAGCUAACGGAAGGAGACGAAGGAACCACGUUAAUGCUCUAAAAAACAGCGAGGAUGAAUGGAUUGAUAACGUGGAUGAACUGAAGGAGAUCGGAGUAUCCUUUUUCAAAUCUUUAUAUGCUCCUAAUAACUACAAUUUAUUUUUACCUGAUUUUCCUAUCACAGGUAAGUUUCCUAGGCUGAUUGAGGCUGACUUAAACCAUUUGAGCAGAAAUAUUACCCAUGAGGAAGUUAAACAUGCUGUGUUCAAUAUGGGAAGCUGGAAGGCGCCUGGAAGCGAUGGACUGCCAGCAAAAUUUUUCCAGCAUUCCUAG